GAAAGACAGGCAAAGCUAUCCAUCUUGCAGAUGGACAGAGGGGCCCCACAACAUGGCUCACGCUGGUGCCCAGAGAGAGAAAGAAGUAAGCUGCUGACCCUGAAGGCAAGGGAGAGCUCCAAAAAUAUCCUUAUAAACUUCUACAGAGCCUUUGACUUAGAUGAGGAUGUGUUCAUACACCAGGCCAACCACCCACUAACAGUGCUGUCUAGUGUGGUGAUGGGUAGUAAUGACCACACCUUGGCAGAAGGUGAUAAAAGACCUUGCUUUAGGGUACUACUUUGCUAUCUGGAACAUGUUUCCAGUAGAGUCUCUGUUUCCUGGAUCUCAGCCCUUCUACCUGCGGGAGCAAUGAAACACCAGCUUCUAUGUUACUUAAUGGAUCUUAUAUGCUCUUUCUGGUUAGCAGGUCAGUGUAUGAGCCUUAAAGCUACCAACAUGCAACACUGCAAGUGUUCAAUAGCCACAUGGGACUCCAUUGAAUUGGACCGCACUGAUUACAAAACACUUCCAUCAGAACAUUCUGUCCUAGCACUGCUCCAAGUCUUUAUAGGGCAAACCUAUUGUAUAGAUCGUGUGGAUGUGAACUGUUUGAAGUCCCUGCCCUGA